AUGUGGAAUCGUAUGCUCGAUAUUUAUGGUUACUGCAGUCUCCUUGCCGGUCACCUUCCCGUCGACGAGUCGGAAGGAGCCGAAAAUCUGCCUCGUCCCGAAGGGGUUGCACGCCGGGAUAUCAAGUCGUUAUACAAGGCUUGGUCUAAUGUUCGGUUGCUCCCAGACGACACGUCAAAGAUUCCAUACGCUCUUAUUAACCCGGCUAUGCUGGUUAAGCUCUGCGAAAAGAAGGAUGAGAUCACUCCACAGAUUGGUUACGAAGCAUACCCCUUCAUCUUUCGGGCAGCUGUUAUACAGCGCUCGAUGGGUGACCGGGUCAUCGACCAAUCAGGAAAGCUUGUGGUCAUUGGCUCGGAGAUUCCACCCAUUCGGGUGAUGACCAUUGAGCUGAGGUACUUCGAGGAAGAUCAGCAGUUGCAUGAUGUUGCAUACUGGAGGGCGAUCGGGGAUCCCCACAAGUCUGAGGAUGAUAGAAUACCGGACGAGUUCAGCCCUCAAGGUGGUCGUCAGAACAUGCGGAUCUUGCGGAUAUUAGCCCUUGCUACUGUUCAAAAGACUGUUCAAAAGACUGUUCAAAAGACUGUUCAAAAGACUGUUCAAAAGACUGUUCAAAAGACUGUUCAAAAGACUGUUCAAAAGACUGUUCAAAAGACUGUUCAAAAGACUGUUCAAAAGACUGUUCAAAAGACUGUUCAAAAGACUGUUCAAAAGACUGUUCAAAAGACUGUUCAAAAGACUGUUCAAAAGACUGUUCAAAAGACUGUUCAAAAGACUGUUCAAAAGACUGUUCAAAAGACUGUUCAAAAGACUGUUCAAAAGACUGUUCAAAAGACUACCUUAGGAAUGCGAAUCUGGAAAGGGCCACGAGCAGUUACAUUGCGAGCUUGGUCAAUGGACGCCAUCAUGGAUUUGAGGCAUUCUACCUUGCUACCUGCGAUCACCCUUCCAUCCCCCGCCUAA